GCGCGCACACCGGAAGUGGGCGGGGCUGCUGUCUGAAACAGAUCAGGCAGACAUGGCGUGUUUGCUCGCGAGCAGCAAUUUACUUUCAGCUAUGUUUUCUUCCAAACACCAAACUAAACACCGCUCGAGGAUAUGCACUUUAUUCCUCAUCAUUUGUUUAACGUCAACGCCAGUGUCGGCAAAGCGGGACAGCCUGAGAGAAGUGACGGACGGGAACUGGGAGGACAUCCUGGCAGGGGAAUGGAUGAUUGAAUUCUACGCGCCCUGGUGUCCAGCAUGUCAGCAGCUGCAGCCGGUGUGGAAAGAGUUUGCGGACUGGGGCGAGGACAUGGGGGUCAACAUAGCCAAGGUGGACGUGACGGAACAACCUGGUCUGAGUGGGCGUUUCAUCAUCACUUCCCUUCCUACUAUUUAUCACUGUAAGGACGGCGUCUUCAGGAAGUACCAGGGAGCUCGCACUAAGGACGAUUUCCUCAGCUAUGUCGAUGAGCAGAAAUGGCAAGCAGUGGAGCCAGUUUCCUCCUGGCUCGGUCCAUCUUCAUUUCUAAUGAACUCAAUGUCUGCUUUGUUCAAGCUCUCCAUGUUCAUACGGCGUUGUCACAACUACAUGACAGAGCAGCUGGGGAUUCCUGUUUGGGGGUCGUAUGUUAUAUUCGGUCUGGCCACUCUGUUCUCUGGUCUUGCUCUGGGGCUGUUACUGGUGUUCAUUGCCGACUUUGUCUUCCCAUCACGACGAUUUUCCUCUCAAGAUUACUACCAAAAAAAACAGUCGAUGGAGCAGGCGAGGUUAAUCCAGCGACAAGAGGACGAACAUGAAGCCGAUGGCGAGGAAGACGACGAUGAAGAGGAGGAAGAGGACGAUGACAGCGAUGUGUGGAGGAAGAGGAGAGGGUCACCUGAGGGUCGCCCUGAACCCAAAGGACAGGGAUUCUCUGAUGAAGCUCUGAGGAAGAGGGUGGUAGGAAACCGCGAGGAAGAGGACGAGGAGGAGGACAGUUAGAGAGUCACAUGUCCUCGACUCCUUUUGAGAAAAUGCAACGGUGGAGUUGGCAAAGUCGGAGGAGUUUUGGUCCCAAGCAGCAGUGUUUACAGCAAGGAGCCCCUUAAACCUUGCCCCCGUUAUUCCCUCUUCUUCUUCUCCUCCUUUUCCUCCUGUGGGCCCCCGAAAACACCUCGCCUCUUUUCUCCUCCUUCUCUUGUUUUUUAACUGGAGCGCUUUAGACUCUUACACCGCUCUCUUUCCGCCUGAGCAAGAGGCUCCACCUGGAAAAAAGCAAAAACACUCCUGACACCUGUUUUCACUUUGUGGAAACAAAAGGCCUCGUCGAGGUUUCGGUAUGAGGAGCGGCAGAGAUGGAUUUUGCAAUGUUGUUUAUGCUAUGCAUUGUUUUUUAAAGAUGUGUGUGUCUAUUAUGUGUUUAUUAUUCAGAUUAAUGAUACCAGGCUUGGGUUAUUUUGUAUAUUUUACUCCUCAGCUCAUGUAUACAUACGGUUAUAUUACCUUGCAUAUAUUUUACAACUCUGACGGUUCAGUUUGUACACACACCAUUCGACAGUCAGUGUUUUAUGGAGAAACCAGUGGAGAGGAAUGGCUCCAAAGUGUUAGUUAUAAUCCUUAAGAUACCUGUGGUUGGCGUGGUGACAGAGAGUGUAGUUUAAAACAACAGCAAACAGUCGCUGAGCAGCUGCUUUGUUAGAAUACAUCAGAAGAGCAGCUGGUGUAUGUGUUUACACUGUAGCCAGGCAGACUUCUUUUGCUUUAAUAAAGACAUUACCAAUAAAUUCUGCAGGGCUGAUUUCAUGUUGAGUUAGCGACUCAUUUGGCCAGCUUUCUGAGAAUGCGUAGGUGUGCAGUCUGUAACCUGUAGCUCUCGCUGGCUCCACUGUCGUGCUACCUGACUGAGAUAAAAUAAAUCCAGGUAAUGACCACAGCGCUCACUUUGACAUCGCUUCACGAUAAAAGCCUUGACUUACCAGUUCAACUACUUGAAUGUGAAGCAGCAGCUUCUCUGUGAAUUAGCUGCAUCAUACAGCUCUGCAGUGUCAGUGAGUGAGCAGUGAACAGAUCUGAUCUUAGAUCAACACAAUGAAUAUUGAUUGAAUCCAUGCCUUUUUCCAUGGGUGAGGCUUUGACUGUUAAAAAGAAGAGGAUGUAGCAUUUCAGUUUUUCAUUUGAAGCAUCUGUCAGUGACUGAUCCUGCAUUUCUUCCGAUGGCCAGCAGGGGGCGACUCUACUAGUUGCGAAUACAGAAGACCGAUUAGAUAGAAGUCUUACGCAUUUGUGCUUACACAUUGCACCCUUAAACGGCAUCAUAAUGGUGCCCCAGUGUGUAAUCUCACAUUGCAUUAAAGCAUCAUGUAAACACAACAGGAUGAUACCUCUGCAGAAGGAUCAGAGGUGAAACGACGCUGCCCCGCCAUUAAGCCUCCGUGCAUCACACACUUCAAACGAGACGUAACAUGCGUAAAUAUCUCGCCUUGAAGACAGUGUGUUAAGAGCCAUAUGACAAAAGGACCCUAGUUGUCACUUGAUUUAUCACCUCUUGUCUCAAUAGCUAGUUUCAUGUCUUCUCUGGUACAGCGUAAUGUCUAUUGUGUUAAUGAAGGCAGAAUAAAUAGAGCAUAUUAGACUUCAGGACAAGGCUCCCAAACUCUGGGUUUCAGAUCAUUGACCUUCACACCAUUGUGUGAAGUCACAGUUGCUACAUCCACUUCUUAUCUAAAGUUUUAGGUGUGUUGGCACUUUUUUUAAUCCAGUGCGUGAAUGAUUGAAUUUAUCAAUUCAGAAAAAGGAGCAGACCGUAGAUAGUUUUAAACACUAGGUUUGUUUCAUGACAAUCUUAAGGACUAUAACUUCAACACAGGUUAAAAAAAUUUAGUAUGAUUCUAAACUUGAGUGUGUGUUGAGUGUGCGUCCUCUCUGCACAGGUACGUUUGGGGCAGGAUCCCUUCUUAAAGCAUCUGCGCUUUGCUCAGUAAUCGCACCAAAAUCACACCAAUGCUUUGUCUGAGCUGCACUCUGAAGUUUGCAGGGAAGUCGAACACGCUAGCAGACGCUUCCUCACUCCAAAUAAAAGCCUGGUGAAUGUUUUUCUGUAGAUAGAAAAAGUUUGUCCCCUUUUUGUUUCUAAAAACCAAUCAAUGGCAAGUUUUCUUUCUUGUUCUGUUUCUAAUGAUUUCGUGUGAUUCUCUGAUUAUUGACUGAUGAAUACUUAAAGGUCUGAAUGUGUUGUCUCAUGAGGUGUGGCAUAUCCGUCCUAAAGCUGCCCUCCACUUUGUGGAACAGUGAGAGGACUAAGAUUAACAAAGGGAGUUUUUAUUUAUCCUACUGUAACUUUGUUUUACCCUCUUAACUUUGUUUAAUCAAAAAUGUCAAAUUAAACUAGAAUUUCUAAGAUUUGUUUCUUAAAGAGUGCAGUUUUGUGACGUGGUUUAUAUUUGGAAUCAUGAACACAUUAGCACUUUUCUGCAUAUAUCUCAAAGAUGACUUCCACUCCAAACACAGCCUGUAUGUGUCAGUCCUGUAAAGAAGAAUAAGCUGUAUGUGUGGAGAGACUCAUGUUUUAAUACACGCUGCACCUGUUGAUAUUGUGGAGGCUCAUACUGACCGGCAUAGACUGAUUCUUUUGGCUCAUUACUGAUUUCAGCUCUGGUGGAAACAGGUUGUAUUUUUGUAUUCCUAAAGGCUUGUAGCGUUCACUCUUCACUCUGAGCUUACUGUUUGAACAUUUCAUUGAAUAAAGGUGAAAGUCUGGAAA